AUCAGCUAGCUGUUGUUGUGAUACUGAUUGACGGUGAAUGAUGAAACACAUUUUAAUGGGAUGGCUUAUGUAACCGUUACCAGUGCUCAGUAGGUCAUGGUUUAAUGUCUCCAAAUCCACCGGCAGGGAAUGAUCACAGUUCCAUCCUCUGCAAGAAGAACGUACCACAAGCGACCGACCUUCGUCCCGCCCCAGAACAGAAGAAUGACUCGGCGGUUUUUUAGGACUGAGCUGAGGAAACAAAAUUAACAGGAGAGCAGAUGAUAGUCAUUAGUUGACUGUUUCUCUAUGGGAGGAGUGUUGAAGAACCGAUUUGAAAUUGCUGUCAUUCAGCUCUGCACUCUGAGCCACAAAAUGAUACGAACAUCAGUCAGAGCGUCUCAUCUGCUGAUGAGAUGCUCCCAUACCACAAAAUGCUGCAUCACAAAACCAAGAAGUGGAGUCCAGAACACAUCAUCUUCAAGACAGUUGUUUUCAUCCUCUAUGAGAAUGCUCUCCAGAUCUGUAUCAACUGUGAAGGCAUCCAAGGUGUCUCACAGAACUAAACAUCUACCUCUGGGCCGGUCCGGGAUGGCAGGGGUCAAGGCUUCUGGCUCCUGGUUUAGGGGCCGCUCUACUUACCCCCUGACGCCAUGCCUAGGCAUGUGGAGGACAUACUCAACAGAACCCGUUCCAGCCAAGGAGGAUGAUAAGACGGUAGCUUCUACUAAAACCAUUGUGCCUAAAGUAUCAGAGAUGUCCAGAUUGAUGUCGCUAGCUAAGCCUGAGACAUCAAGAUUAACUGUUGCCAUUGGCUUGCUGGCCAUCUCCAGCAGUGUAACCAUGGCCAUCCCGUUUGCCAUGGGCAAGGUCAUUGAUGUCAUAUACAACGGAUCCACGGAGGGUGUGAAUGUGGACAUGAUGGCUGAUCUCAACCAGCUCUGUGGUGUCCUGUCUGUGGUGUUCUUACUUGGUGCUGUCGCAAACUUUGGACGUGUUUACUUGAUGUAUACUUCAGGUGAGCGCGUUGUCAAGCGUCUACGAGAGUCUGUCUUUAACUCCAUCAUGAAGCAAGACAUUGCCUUCUUUGACAAGACUCGAACGGGGGAGUUGGUGAAUAGGCUGUCCACUGACACCACUGUUAUCGGCAACUCGGUCACAACAAACAUCUCAGACGGGCUGCGGGCGUUGGCUCAAGCAAUGGGGGGAGUUGGCAUGAUGUUUUAUUCCUCAGCUAAACUUGCCACCAUUGUCCUGAGCAUUGUGCCCCCUGUGGCUGUCGUCGCAGUCAUUUAUGGCAGAUUUCUUCGCACAGUCUCCAAGCAAAAGCAGGAUGUCCUGGCCAAGUCUACUGAAGUUGCAGAAGAAAAGGUCAGCAGCGUUCGGACUGUGAGGGCAUUCGCUCAAGAGGACCGGGAGAAGAGGGCCUACUCGGUGGCCGUGCAGAACGUCUUGAAUCUUGCCACCAGGGAGUCCUUUCUCUGGGGUGCAUUCUACGCUGCGAUGGGCCUUUCCAGCAACUUCAUCAUCUUGGCUGUGUUGUACAAUGGCGGAUCCAUGAUGCAAGAUGCUCAGAUCACAGUGGGCAGUCUGUCCUCGUUUCUCCUAUACGCUGCAUACGUCGGCAUAUCCGUAGGAGGAAUCAGUUCAUUCUACUCUGAGCUGAUGAAGGGUCUAGGUGCCAGUACACGGCUUUGGGAAAUCCUCGACAGGACACCGACCAUUCCUCUAAAAGAUGGUAUUAUUCCAAGUGCCUCCACCCUCCAAGGACAGCUAGAUUUUAAGGGGAUUGACUUUGCCUACCCUCAGAGAGAUGACAUCUCCAUAUUCAGCAAUCUGAGUCUCUCCGUGCCUGCUGGGUCUGUUACUGCUGUAGUUGGCUCCAGUGGAUCCGGGAAGUCUACCCUGGGGUCUCUGCUGCUGCGGUACUAUGAUGCUGAUCGAGGUAAGAUAAUGCUGGAUGGAGAAGAUAUAAGAAGCUUGAGCCCUAAAUGGUUGAGAUGCCAGAUAGGAAGUGUUAGCCAGGAGCCGAUACUGUUCUCCACAUCAAUAGGAGAGAACAUAGCGUACGGUUCCAACGACCCGGAGGCAGUUACUCACGAGGAGUUGGUCGCCGCGGCCAGGACUGCCAACGCCCUUGGCUUUAUCAAUGGGUUCCCGGAGAAGUUUGACACGUUGGUUGGUGAAAGGGGCCUCAUGCUGUCAGGUGGUCAGAAACAGCGUAUAGCACUAGCAAGAGCUAUACUGAAAAACCCUAAAAUCCUCCUGUUGGAUGAAGCUACAAGUGCUUUGGAUGCAGAGAGUGAGUAUCUUGUCCAGGAAGCUCUAGAGAGGCUCAUGGUCGGGCGAACGGUCAUCACCAUCGCUCACCGUCUGUCCACCAUUAAACGAGCCAACAACAUCGCAGUCCUCGAGAAAGGAAGCGUGGUGGAACUCGGAAGCUACGAGGAACUGAUGAGAGUCGAGGAUGGCGUCUUCAGGAAGCUUGUGGAACGACAAACGGUCAUGAACUGAAGCUGGAGUGGGAGUUGCUUAGCAGAGUUGUGAAGACCAGUGAAGAGACAAUGCUUAUUACUUGGCUGGUAAUCUGUUUCCGCUAAGCAAGAUUUGUUUAUACUUGGCACAAAUCUGGAAGCAGCUCUGGAAAAAUGUAUGAACUGAAGCUGAACCAGGAGUUGCUUAGCAGAAUUGUGCUGGCAACCAGUGAAGAGACAAUGCUCAAUGGCUGGUAAUCUGUUUUUUUUGCUAAGCAAGAUUUGUUUAUACUUGGCACGUAUCUAUAAGCAGCUCUGGGAAGGUGUAGCUGAAGUUGAACCACGACUUGCUUAGCAGAGUUGUGCAGGCAACCAGUGUUGAGGCAAUGCUCAUUACUUGGUAUUUUGGCUGGUGAUAGUGUUUUCCGCGAAGCAAGAUUUGUUUAUACUUGGCAUAAGCAGCUUUGGAAAGGUGUAUUCGGUGAAGGGUUCUUCCAGUAGGGAAACUUGACUGCUUAAUAUGGUUCUCUGAUUGGCCUGGGGCCAGAUAAGAUUAUUGUCUUUCAUGGAAUUACUAACCGUCCUAAAAGUAACAUUUUGCAAGUUACGUUAAGUGCACAUGGUGCUAUAAAGGAAUAGGUUUCAUAAUUCAAAAAGCUCCACAUACCUUUAGGACAAUACGGAGCACUUUGAUCAGGAAUGAUAUUAGAUCCUUGGAAAAAAGUAGGAAUAUUUGAUCCAGUACAAGGACUGAAAAACAUGUACACUUGGUGUAGGUUCUUAUAGAAAUUUCAGGCUAUUUAACCACAAUUUGUCAGAUUUUUCCAACCGCAAAAAAGUUGGAAACAGAUUUAAGUAGGAAGAAUAUAUGCCCCUAGGGCUGUGAUAAAAUGCUUUAUAACACCCCUUACAAGUAUUCUGCCUGCUCAUUGGUUUAGAGCGCGUCACAUGACAUGUCUUAGUUUUGC